CUCUCUUUCUUCUGUGCUCCACACUUUUUUUUUCUUCUUCCUUAUAUUCAAUCUGUGGUGUACAGUAGAAAGAAGAAAAGAAAAAAAAAAAAAGAAACGUUAAGAAAGCGCCGUCAACAAUUAUGGACUUUCGAACCUAUGCACUUCCUUCACCCACAUCACCUUCUUUUUCCGCCCAAAUACUUCCUUCCUCUCCUAUUAAGAAACCUAGCCGCAUGACUACCCAUCGAAAGCGACCAAGCAAAUCGCACGUUCCAACUGCCUGUGUCAACUGCAAAAAGGCGCAUUUAGCCUGUGAUUUAUCACGCCCUUGCAACAGAUGUAUUGCUGUAGGAAAAACUGACACUUGUUAUGAUAUUCAACACAAAAAACGAGGACGACCAAAACUUAGGGAUAAACAAUCGUCUCCAACAAAACCUGGACCAUCAAAGGCUGCCCUGAGCUCGACAGCUGGUGCCAGGUCCACAUAUAUGCUUACCCCAGGCCUAGCCAAUUCUUCAUUCAGUAUGACCACCUUCCCUGACUAUAUUCCAGAACCAAGACACACAUCCUCGGACAAGAACAUGAUGACGAUCUUCUUGACGAUGGAUAUUUCCUGUGCACGCGUUUCUGAUGAAUCAGUUGAUUUUCUUGGUGUAUAUCCCCAAGAACUAGCUCACCGUUCACUCUACGACCUUGUCUCACCAGAAUAUUCGUCGCAACUAGCUCGCUUGCACCGUUGCCUUUUGGACAAUGCCAAUAUUUCACCCCACACGACCGAUGCCGCCGACGCACUACGCAGCGAUUCAGACGUCUUCAAUUGCUCUCCUUCACUCCUUCU